UAAUUUCAUUAUAUAUGUCAACUAUCAUAAAACUGUAUUGAAGGGAUAAUGUGGAAAAUCAUAUAGUAGUUUUGUUUUUCAUUUAAAAUGGCUGCCUCAAAUUCAGUAAGACGUUCCCAGAGUAUAAAACAAUGUGAAGUGUGUGAAUCAAAUUCAAAAAUAAAAGUGAAAUGUAUUGAUUGUGACAGAUUAAUGUGUGAAACAUGUAAAAGGAAUCAUUCAAAAUAUAAAGAUGCAGAAAUUCAUAAGCUUGUAGAUAUAAAAGAUAUCAAUGCAGAUGAUGAAGACAAAAAUGAGCGAGGCAAAUUCAAGGCAGUCAGAUGUAGCAACCACAUAGACCAAAUAUGUUGUAUGUACUGCAGCUCAUGUAAUAAACUCGUGUGUCCAACAUGCAUUGAGGAUAAUCACCAGAAUCACGAUUUAAAAACCAUAGAUAGUGGCUGCAAGGACCGGUUGAAUAAAAUAUUGAAAGUUCACGAUGAAGUUUCUACUGAAACCAUUUUAUAUCUUCAGAAACUUGACAUACUGGAAAAAGUUGACCAUUUCCAGUAUGAGGAGAUACUACGUCAAAUUGAACUGGAUAAAAAAGAAGCAAUGGAAAAAGUUGAACAAAAAUACAAUGAUGAAAAAAAAAAGUUGGGGGGACAGAGGAAUUUAAUUUCUAGUCUUCUUACAUCUAGGAAAGACAAAAUUUACAAGCUGCAAGGAAAAAUUGACCAAGAAAAGAAGCAUCUUAACAAUAUUGCUGUAAGUAAGGACACAACAAAGUUUGUUGAAAAAGCAGAAGAAUUUGAAAAUAAACAUUUGAAAGAGGUAACAGAUACCAUUCAUUCAAAUCGCUAUAAUUUAAAAACACUGCGGUAUACACCAGGAAUAGUGUUUGGAAUGGAACCAAAUACAACUACAAAUGAAAUUGAUGUUACAUUUCAACAAGCAUUUAAGACAGAUUUUAGCAUAAAGGACUUGAAGAUUGACAAAAGUAAGACAAUAUGGACAUCAAGCAUUGAUAGUAUCAACCAAGUUGAAGCUAAAAAGGGUGUUGAAAAUUUAAACAUCACUAAAAGAACACCAAUUUUGGCAGACAAAGGAGAAAUAAGGCAAAUUGAAGUAAUGGACAUAGAUGAUCUAGUGUUCAUAACUUCCACAGGUAUUUACAGGUGCAAUAAAAGAGAUGAAACAAUCAAGAAAAUAGUUGGUUUAACUGAAAAUAAGCCAAGGUCAAUACACAUUUAAAAAAAUCUAUUAUUUAUUGGAAUGAGCUUCGAUGAUGUUAAAAACAGCACUGACAAAGCAAUCAUAGAAGUCUUCACCUUGGAAGGGAAGAAGUUACCAGCAAAAAACAUUUUCAAUACAGGAAAUCAAUUUCUAAUCAACGGCUCUGUUACUGGUUGUGCCACCUUCAACAAUGAAAGUGAAACCUUUACAGGGAAAGAAAACUCAAACAAAGGAACAAUAUGUUACAUUGAUUACAACUGUAAAGAUGAUUCUCACUGCGGAAGACUUAUUAAACUUAACUUGAAUCGUGACAUUCAAUGGGAUUACAGAGGAAACGGAAUUAUGAAUCAUGAAAAGAAUUCAUUUAAUCCCUGUUCAAUAGUGGUAACAGAGCAAGACAACAUUGUUGUUGCAGACUUCAAUCAAAGUUCCCUACACAUUAUUCAGCCAAAUGGACUUUUACUGACCAUAGUGGAUUUGACCUUGGUAGGAUUACAAGGACCAGAGCUGCUAACCCUAGAUGAUGAUGGACAACUGUGGAUUAAAACUCUUACAGACACAAAGAACGGAAAAUUAUCUGAACUGACAUUUUCUGGUUUUUGAUUUUUACUGAUUAGAUAUUGGACCUUAAAAUAAGCAAAUGAAACUUCAUGGUAUGUUAAAGUAAAUUUAGACCUUUUCAAAAGAACAACAUGUAUGCUUUAUCUGACAAAUAAAAAUUUGGAAUUAACAAAAAACAUAACAUGUGUACUCAUAAAUAUUUUUCUGCAUUAUCAGCAAUAUGUUCCUUAAAGUGAUACUAUACACUGUUCUUACUUCAUUAUAAAUUAAGUUUUCAUGAUUAACCACAAGCCCUACGUCCAUGGCCUGUAAAUUUUCCUGAAAAGAGGCCUCACAAGCCAAUAUGAAUUUAAAGAAAUUUUUAUGCAGACUGAUUUUCGACCCUCAAAUUGUGAAUGACUUUGUUUUCAUGACUAGUCAAACUGUUUUAACGGUUUUAACCAUGUCUUUCACUAUGUUCAGAAACAUUCUGAUGUACAUGAUCAUUACAAAGGUUCCACAUAUAAAUAUUAACCUUUCAUGCAUAGUUACUGAGAAACAGACUUCAUCUUGAAAAAUAACAUAAUAUGGAGCAUAAAUGUCAGGUCAACACUCUCAUUAACUACUGUGUCCUAAAAAGAAUUGCGAAGUAUUUGAAAAAUAUAGACUAUUUUACCAAUUACAGUUCAACAUAACUGAACUAAUGCAAUGACUGAACAUAUCUAAAUACCUGACUGAUUUAUUUUGAUCAGAGUUGUAUAUUGAUUAUUUUUCUAAAAUAAAACUCAAAUCAGUCUGAAAUAACAAAGGCGAAAAGUAUCAAACAAUAAGAAGACCUCAUAUAUCGCCUUUCUUAUAUUGGGUUAAGUUUGAGAAAAUAAUCUCAUGGACAUACUUGAUUUCUUGUGUCACACAUGAAAAAUUGAUUAAGUGUUUUAAAUAUUAAAAUGUACAAAACUUUUGAAUAACAAAAGUGACAAGUAUACAGUGCCUCAGACCAUUUCAGACCAUUCUUAAUAAUUUGGUAAAAGAGAGGCGAAAGAUACCAAAGGGACAUUCAAACUCAUAAGUCAAAAAUAAACUGACAACACCAUGGCUAUAAAAAAGAAAAAGACCAACAUCAGUACACAAAACAUACAUAGAAAACUAAAGACUGAGCAACACAAACCCCAUCAAAAACUGGGGGUGACUCAGGUGCUCUGGAAGGGUAAGCAUCCUGCUCCACAUGUGGCACCCGUCGUGUUGCAAAAGUUUGAGGUAAAUCACUCAAGGCAUACUUAGUACCAAAAAAGGAAGAAGAUACCAAAAUAAAAUAUCAUAAGUACAAUAAAAAAGGUCAACAGUUCCUUUAUCCCCAUCAGCCACCCUUUUUACUCAACUUAGGUGAAUGACGGUUGAAAAUAAAAUUAAAUACCACAAUUAUUUACUUCUAUUCAAAUAGGUGCAGAUAAUUUACAGUAGGUGCUUAAUCCAUACAAAAUAUGAUCUUUUAUUAGCUGAAAGAUGAAUCAAUCAUUCAAUUUUUUCAUAUAAAUGAAAGCAACUGAACCCAAGAAUCUCAAAUCAUUAGCUCUACCUACUUCAUCAAUCAACACUUUUUUUUGCAGUGCAUGUGUACUUUGUGCAAACUAUUAUGUUUUUAAAAAUAACAAAUUUUAUCCAUUUGAAAAAAUGAGUUGACAAUAUAUCUUGAAAUAUGGAUAAUUGAUAUAUACAAUCUAUUAACUUUGAAAUCGUCAUCUUCAUAAGCUAAUUUCAGCUAUAUGAUGUAUUAUAUUUGAUUUCAUGUGGAAUGAUACUGCUUUCAUUUCACUUGACAAUUUCUGUCCAAGUUUUGUGUUUAAAGUUUUACUUUCUGAUUCAAAAUGUGAAUGACAUAUAUUUUUUUAUUUUUAAAAUUGUUUUCAUUAGAAUCAAAAUCUGUGUUUUUUAAUUUGACACCAAACAAUGCUUCAUGCAAUGUGUUGGUCAGUUGCUUUCAUUUCUUAUAUAUAUAUAAAAAAACAGCACUCAAUUCUAUAAUGAAGCACCACACUACCUAGAUCAAAAGUUUAAACAAAUAUCAGAUAAUGAUCCCUAUUCUUUGAGAGGUGUUACUUAACGUAGUUUGAUAUGAAAAUUCCUAAGUAAAAAAAACAGUGCUGUUGAAAAAGUUUUUUGUUUAUUCAGGAUCAGUUUUAUGGAAUGGAACACCAUACAAAAUGUGUAAAGUGCAAAAGACUUUUACUUUUGAACAAAGUCUUUUU